AUGCCCAAAGGCAAGAUACCAGAAUUUGUGCCUGGCACCAACUGGUCGUCAUGGAUAGAGCGCCUGGAGUUCUACUAUGAAGCCAACAACAUAGUGGAAUCCUCCAAGAAGGCCCUGGUGGCCCCAAAGAAGCCUUCCGAGGUGGACUUAGUGGACAUCGUCAAGCUACUGACCCAGCACUUCGACCCCAGGCCUUCCGAGUUACUUGGCCGUUAUCGUUUCCAGAAACGAGACCAGCUUCCUAACGAAUCCGUCAAAGACUAUGUGACAGCUCUGCGAACCUUGGCAAAGGAAUGCAACUUUGGCAACGCAGACUCCACGACGGCAGAACGCGAGGCGUCGGGCGGUAGCACGAAGGUCGAAUACAAGGCUACCUUUGGAAGUGAUGCUGCGAGACAGACUGCUGAGGAUAAGCUAACGUUUAAGAAAGCCUACGAACUCGCGUUGACGGCUAAAUCAGCAAGAGACCAGCAGAGGCAGAUACAAGGCAGUCAGCAACAGGCUGACACUUUCGCUGUAAAUCGUCAGAAUGUUCAUGAGGGCAUCACAAGCAAGCCGCCUCAGUGCUUCCGAUGUUUAGCAGAUCAUAAGGCCGAGAAGUGUUUCUUCAAAAAUGCCACGUGUAACAUCUGCCGCGAGAAGGGCCACAUCGCCAAAGCUUGUCUCUCUAAAAAGGCUAAGGCACCAGAGUACCAAGGAAGCCAUUGUUUAGAAGAGAAAAAUGAGGUGUUCGAUGAACAGGACGACUGCGACUACCUCUUUACUAUUUUUCACACAAAACCACAGAUGACAACCACACCAAGGUUCGUCGUGACAGUCCGACUUUCUGGUCGGCCACUCGAGAUGGAAGUAGACUCGGGAGCCGCGUUCUCUAUAAUAAGUGGAGCGACUUUUGCUCGCCUUUGGCCUCAGGAUGCCCCGGUGUUAAGAGAACGCAAGCUUGCUCUACGGACAUGGUCGGCAGAAUGCCUAGACAUCAUGGGCUCCAUGCUCAUCGAGGUUUCCUUCAGAAAAAUCAAAGCCCAGCUGCCUUUGCUCGUGGCUGGAGGAGUUGGAGCCAGUUUGUUAGGAAGAAAGUGGUUCGAAAAACUGGGAAUUACGAUGCAUGGGGUCAACAAUCUCACGGGAACAACCAUGGAAGACAUCUUAGCCAAGUUCUCUGGGGUGUUCGACGGCGAUCUCACUGGACAUUCAGGCCCACCUGUACGCAUCGACUAG